AUGACAGGAAUCACAUCGCUCUCAAGUGCGUUUCUUCGUAUCAGGGGACCAGAUGCAGCUAAAUUUCUCAAUGGACUCAUGACAACUCGUCUUAGCCCUCAUCUUACAAAGAAAAAGGAACACACCAUCUCCACCACCAAAGGCGGAAAUGAAAACCUCGAGAGCAUUGACAUGCUGAAGAAUUGGGGUGUGAUGUAUGAAGACGUCAUGACUCCGCAAGCUGGCAUUCGUGUGCUCCGAGCUGGUGUCUUCUCUAUGUUUCUUAAUUCAAAAGGAAGGGUUGUCACUGACUGUUUUAAUUAUCCGUAUCCAUUCCAUACAACGGUUCCGAAAUUCCUGGAAGCAUGUACAACAUCGCCUGAUUACCUUAUAGAGGUUGACGAGAGAGAAUCCUCCCGUCUUCUAAGUAUGCUCAAGAUCCAUAAAUUGAGCGCAAAAGUCAAGAUUGAAAAGGCUAGUGGUCUAUAUUCUUACUAUUACUACAACGACAAAGACAUUAAGUUUGCCCAAUGGCUUUCGGAAAUGCAAGAAAAGUACAUUUCUGCCUAUACACCAGAUGAAGCUUUGAUCAAGGCAAAUGAACUCAUGAAGACCGAGCAGGUGUUCUCUAAGGCUGCCGCUGAAGAUAUUGUGGCAGUUGCGAUUGAUAAUCGUAAGCAUUUGGCCGGACUCAAAAUUGUGACUGAACGCAAGUAUGAGACUCCGAGCGACUUGUUCUCAGCUGCAUUCUCCUCAAGAUUCAACAUAAAGUCGGUAGCAGAGCCAGAUGCAAAACAUAGAAGAUUUCAUUUGGGUCUUUUCGAAACAGCUGAUGCGCCCGCUGGAACUAGUCUUCUUCCUUUCGAAACAAAUUUGGACUUCUAUAGUGGUCUCUCGUUAAACAAAGGCUGUUACGUUGGACAAGAGCUCACUAUACGUACUUACAACCUGGGUGUCAUCCGCAAGAGAAUUGUUCCUGCUACCUUCGAUGAAGAUGUAUCUUCUGUGUUGAACGGUGUAGAUCUUUCAGAGAUUCAGAUCGAGAGAGAAAGUGAGGAAGUUGACAAAAAACCAAGAAGAGGCAAACUAGCAAAGUUGCUUGCUGUCGAUGGCAACUUGGGCUUUCUUCUUACAGCAUAUGAAGAUGUUCUUGUUGAUAAUCGGUACUUGGCGACAGUGGACAAUAAGAAGGUUGGCCUCACUGCUAAAAUUCCAAGCUAUUGGCCCUUGAAGAACGAAUAG